CAAAGUCCCAAGUUCCAAUCCAAAUUUGUGACUCAAAACUGCUGAAAAUGUGCCCUUACUUAUCGAAUUUCGGGUCGCUUUUGGAGGACCCAAUGAGCCAUGAACAGGAAAUUUUGUAUAGAGAAAGAAUAGAAACGUCAGACUCCAUUGAUAUUCUUCAUUGUCCUUCAUCUCAGAUACAAGCUGGAAACAGUACUGAAUCUUUGUAUUUUGAUGGAGAUUUGAAGAUGGUAAAGAAGCUCAACCAUAAUGCAAGCGAACGUGAUCGCCGGAAAAGAAUUAAUACGCAGUAUUCUACUCUUCGGUCACUGCUUCCGGUCGCAGAUCAAAGGAAGAAAUUAAGCAUCCCUUCGACAGUGUCCCGAGUGCUGAAAUACAUACCAGAGCUGCAGAAAGAAGUCGAAAGACUACUCGAAAAAAAGGAAAACCUUGUAGCGAAGAUUUCCAAGCAAGAAAAUUCUAUUCAACAUAGGAAGCAAAGAAGAACAGCGGAUCAUCAGAGCUCAAUACUAGCCGUUUCAGCUAAUCGAAUAGGUGAUAGAGAUGUAGUGAUUCAAUUAUCGAAGAUGAAGACCAAAAAGGGUUCGUUCUCUGAAGCUCUAUUGGAACUGGAGCAGGAAGGAAUUCUCGUAUUGAACGCAUCUAGUUUUGAAUCUUUCGAUGGAAGGGUUUUCUACAAUUUGCAUCUUCAGGUACAAGGAAGUCAAGCCAUUGACGUCGAAAUAUUAAAGGAAAAGAUCUUGUCAUUGUAUGAGAAGAGGGACCAAAUUAUUGUUUAAAGUAUACUUCUAUAAUUGGAGAUUUUGUGUGGACUAAGGUAAAGAGUGGACAUAUAGAAUAUAUAGGAGCUUCUAGAUGAACCGUGUUUAUCUACAUUUUUUAUUUGGUCUCUUACGAAUGCUGGCUUCACUAAUACAAUAGAUUAAAGAUUUGUUUGUAAGAUAUUAAAGAAGAAAAAGAAAGUUUAUUACUAUGCGUCAAACACAUUCGAUAUAUUAGAUUAUUUUGAUGCA